AUGCCAGAGAAAAACCACACACCACCCUUGCUGCAACACACAGUGACAACAAGAGCUUUUCGUUCCGCAAUUGAAGAAGAAAACGAGAGAGGAACGGAACGAAUCUCGAGUGUGAAAUCACCUCACUCUAUUGAUGAUGCUAAAUCCAAGGGAAUCUGUUUGAUGAUAACAGUCUUGCAGCUGGCUCAAUUACCCAAUAUUAAGGUUGCGACUGUACUCCUCUCUUCUGCUUUUGCCUACGACAUCUUUUGGGUGUUCAUAUCUCCGUUGAUAUUCCAUGAAAGUGUCAUGAUUGCAUGUGGAUUGAGCCCAGUGGCGGAGCCAGCGUCCGGCCAGGUAGGGCAGCUGCCCAGGCUCCGCCCGACCAUGCUUCACCAUCUCGCGAUGGAGAUCUUCUAUGGCCAUCUUCCGACACACCAUACCAAUCCAAGAGUUGCUCUUCAACCGCCGAGAAUGACUGGGGCUAUGGAUGUGUCAGAGUCAGGACGUGAAUAUGGGGCUAAAAACACUGACGACACCCCUGUGACGGGCACUUCUCAGAAAACUCGAGGGGAUUACAGAAGAUGCUCUUCAAUACCUUUUGGUGCAUGGUUGUCCUCCAAAUGUCCGAACAUAUACUAUAUUGAUCAAUGCACUUUGUAA